AUGUCUUCCAUGAACGAUGAUACUACCUUCUCGAGCGGAGCCAAAGAGGAGGACCGUUCAACGCAGGUUGACCUCGCAGACAAGCAACAGAAACAAACAACGGUCGUGAGACGACUGAAACAACACCUGACAAGCCAUGUUGAAGUCAACAUCCUCGCCGAGACCGAACUCCUGAUCCUCACCUUCUGUACGGGAAUGCAAGACGCAACGACCUUCCCAGACUAUCAUUGCUUUGCUUCGAACCAGACGGGGAACACGGUCAUGCUCGCGAUGGCUAUUAUCCUCCCCAACUUGACCGGCGAAUUGUUCAUUCCGGAAAACAUUGGGGUUGCUUUGGGUUUCUUUCUGGCCGCAGGCUGGAUAACAGGUCAACUCGGUCACAUUGUUGGGCCCCGAUCUCGUCUUUGGAUCGUGUUUUGCAACUUGAUACAGAGUAUGCUUGUCUUCAUGGCAGCUGCGAUUCAAUACGCCUAUGGUAUUGAACUGAAAGGCGCAAAAACCAUGGUGGUCAUCGGCUUGCUGGCCUUCGCGGCAGGCAGUCAAGUCGUCCUAUCAAGAGCCUUGGCAAUCACUGAAAUCAGCACAGCAAUGGCGACGGCGGCAUGGGUUGAUCUGUUGAUUGACCCUCGUCUGUUUGCGGCAAAGAACCGCCCUCGGAACCGUCGAGUGAGCUUUCUUGCGGCCCUUGUGGCCGGGGCUUUCUUUGGCGCAGGUAUAUACAAGGGCAUAGGCCCGGCAACCUCGGUCUUGUUUUCAGCAAUCGGCAAACUUAUAGUGACCCUCAUGUUCUUACUCAACAAAGCAGAGAAGGCACCGGAGCCCAGAAGCAAUGUGUGA